AUGGCCACGGACGGACUGGAGAGAAGCGUCGAGAGAGCCCUUGAUCUCACAGCACGUUACUGUGAGGUCACAGGAGCUUCCGUAAAUCCUGCUAAAUGCAAUGGCUUCUGGUAUGGUUCCUGGGCCACAAAACCUUCAUUGUUUGCUGGUAUAGCGUGGAACCGGAAUCCCCUUACAUAUCUCGGAGUACCUCUCUCACAAAUCCGUAGCAAUGUGACCUACUGGUCCUCCUUGACAACCACACUGAAAAAGAAAACAGACGCGUGGAGAGGAAGGGACAUUUCAAUUUUCGCUAGAUCUAGUGUUUGCAAUGUAUUUCUAGCUUCUAAGCUUAUGUACGUGCUCCAGGUGCUUCACUGCUCUCGGACCAACAUCCAGAAAAUCCACAGAAUAUUCGCUACAUUCAUAUGGUGUUCAACUUGGGAGCCCAUAAAAAGAGACAAUCUCUUUCUUCCUCUUGAAUGCGGCGGUUUAGGUCUUUGUCAUAUAUUUGUGCGACAGCUGGUCUCGCGAUUCUUUUUCUUUAAAAAUGUUAAUCACGAUUUCCUCAGAGUAAUGCUCCAACGACGUCUUUCUGGUAGUUUAAACUAUCUGAUUGUUUCAACCGUCGAAAGCUCUCAAGGCACACCAUGGGGCUUUUUAAAGGAAGUGGUUGACACACUUAACUUCCUCAAAGCAAGAUUUUCGUUGGAAUAUUUGUUUACUGUAUCCAGAAAGGCACUCUCAAGGAGCAUAAAAGAAAGCUUGUUUCCUCUGCCACUUUAUCGUACCCGUUUGACACUGGAACCUAUCAACGACGUGUUUAAAAGGGUCAAGAAAAUGGGAGUGCCUCCCUCAACUAAGACGUUUUUCUUUAAAUUACACACAUCCACUUUACCCUUUAAAACUUACCUCGAAGAAAAAGGAAUAUUUGUACCCUGGACAGUAAACUGUAGAUUAUGUAACAAGCCAGAGACAAUAGAACACUGUUUCAUAUACUGUAAUGAUGCGUUUUUGUUUUGGGAUGUGCUGCAACGCACUCUACAAAAAGACCUAGUUCUUAACGACUACAAUCUUCGCUUCCUUCCUUUUUCUGAAAAUGAAACCGUACCGUACGACAUGUUUGCUCUUUUAGGUUUGCAUAGUCUGUGGAAGUGCCGCAUGAUCGAUAGGCAUGCGGAGAAGCCGCGUACGACGAAGUCGCUCUUUCUAAAGCAAGUGGCGCAGGUGAGAAGUGUAUAUGCUUCAAAGUUUAACCAGCCUGACUGGUUCCCUAUGUUUGACAAAUGCCUUGGCUUACCGAAUUUCUGAAGAAAAAGAACUGCGAGCGUAAGUGAGACUUGCCCGAAUCUUUCACCUUAGUUUUGUCAUUGUCUGCUAAUAAGUCUAAUGGCCACAUGUUCAAGAUGCCAAAUGUAAAAAUUUGUGUGAUAGUUGUUUGUAAAUAGCUUUUUAAAGGUGUGCAUGUUUUAAUGUAUAUACAGUACGAAUGAACGUGUUGUG